AUGGAAUGGAUUCCAUUUUCGAAACGCGAUUCCAAUGCAUUGGAAGCUACCUGUAAACUUAAAGUAGCUGGAAAGAAGGUUUGUUGUAACGAAGAUUAUCUAUUCGAGGUAGAUCUGGAUAACAGAGAGAUUAGUCCGAUAUAUUGGAUUGGACCUGUAUAUCAGGUUGUAAGAGCAACAUGGUUCUAUCAGGCUUAUGGCAAAUUCAUACCGUGCGACGAAAAUCUCUCCGAGCAGAUCGAAGACGGUUACAAAAAUCACAAAGCAUGGAUUCCGCCUCCCGAUGCUAGCGAUGAAGACAAAGUCAAGAAACAGCCACAGGCGGAAAAGAAUUGGUACCUCACGGAAAGGUAUGAUGGGCAGUAUGUGGUCUACGUGAACCCUGUGAUGGCUUGGCUGUUUUUGGGGUUUCCUGAGGUGGAGAAUUAUUUGUCGAAAAAGCCACCUCCGAAGAAACCCGAGAAAAGCACCUCAGACGCUGCGUUCAAUGACAGCGAAUCGAAAAAGAAGAGCGAGGAUGAGGCUGAAAGAACAAAGAGGUUGAAUCAGCAGAAACAAGAGGCCGAGGAUUACGAAGAUUCGGAGGGGCCAGAACGGGAAAUUGAUCAUUUGAUAUUUUGUAUACAUGGAAUUGGACAGAAAUUAAGUGAGCGAGCUGGUUACCCAAGUUUUGUUCAUGGUACACACGACACUCAUAAAUCUCCUUUUUACGAUGGAUCAAAACCAAUAUUUUUCCUAACAUCCAAAAUCCUCAUUCAUGCACACCUAGAGGUAAAUCUCCUACGCCGAACCCUGAAGAACAUCUACGCCACAAAUCCACCACCCGAAGCCACGUCAAGAAUGAGCAAUCGUAAAACGAAUCCUAAUUACGGACGUAGAAAAUUUACAAAGGGAAGUCAAGUUGGAAAUGGUGUUCAGGUGUUGCCCAUACAUUGGAGGCAGGAUAUCAAGUUUGGCAUGGCAUCGGAGGACAAUAAAGUAAGACGUAAUUUGAAUUCAGCUAUAAGUGAAGAGGGUCAGCCAACGUUGGACGAAAUCACGUUAGACGGAGUGCCAAAUUUGAGAAUGUUGAUUUCCGACGCGUUGAUGGAUGUCUUAUUAUACAUGACGCCAAAAUUCAGGGACAUGAUACUCACAACUGUUGUUCGAGAGAUGAACCGAGUAUACAACCUGUUCAUCGAUCGCAAUCCAAAAUUCCUAAAACACGGCGGAAAAAUAUCCAUCUACGGUCAUUCGCUUGGUUCGUUGGUGGCAUUUGACGUCCUCUGUCAACAAUCGCUCAUGACUUCUCCUUUUAAUAAUGCAAGUGCACCUGAUAACUGCAGUCGAAACGACUCCUAUGACACAUACAUUAGUCAUGGGCAUGGUAGGGGAGGUGACCAUUCGAGAUAUGGUUCCGUUGAUUUUUAUGGCCCGAACGAGUCAUCGGACGCCGGGUUUGGCAAUGGUAACGGAGGGGCCCAUCACGCCCGCGAUAGAAGCGGAAGUAUUGGACGAUCCAAUGAACGGAAUGAUAAACAUAGAUCAAAUGGCAGCGUCCUGAAUAGUCAACAGAAUUACAUAUUCGAUGAACCAGAACAAGCUAGCUUUGCUAUUGAUGAACGACGUCACUCGCAUCACUUCAAAGAAGGAAGAAUUCGUUCCAGCCAUCGGAAUGUAAAUCGCCAUCGUAGCGAUGACGAUUUCAAACAUCAGCAGUUGAAACAUAAACAAUAUAAACUGGAUUUUGAAGUGGAUAAUUUAUAUUGUGUCGGAUCGCCGAUCGGGUUAUUCCUGUUGUUGAAGGGAGUCAAAAUUGGAUCGCGAAAACAUUACCAGGUGAUCAACAAAAUCAGUGAGUCAAAGAAUUGGGAAAAUGUCAGUCUGGACAAUCAGGAUGAUGAUGGGGUGAAUGAUGAUGUAACCGGAAGAAAAGGUUCUCAAACGGAGCUCGAUCCAUGGGAGCAACAGCUGAUAUUGAAUGACCAGGCAACUAUGAUACCACUUUGUUAUCCGGCCGUGAGGAAUCUUUACAAUAUAUUCCAUAAAUCUGACCCCAUCGCCUAUCGAUUAGGUAAAAUUCUUGAUGCUUUUUUUGGAUUCCCACAAUACUUACAUGUGGCCCGUCACUACGGCGCGUCCCUGAAGCCUGCGUUGAUUCCGUAUCAUAAGGGCGGGUUAAAGGCUAUGCAACUUGGCAUUCAAGAAUUCGGUUCAAGCAUCUCCCGCAAGACAACAACCAUCUUCUCAUCCAUCAUUUCCACUUUCAGUUUCAAGAAAACCGAAACUAUAUCUGAAAAGCAAUCAGAAAACCGGAAAAAGAUUGACCAACAAACUUUAAUAAAGCAACAACAGAUCCAACGGCUGCAACACCUUACCCAGUCUGAACCAAAUUUACCACAUGGUACGUUUUUGGAUGUAACGGAUUUAUCCGGUGAGUUCAGCAAUACUUCAUCGACGGAUGCGAAGGAUUUGAGAAAUGGACAUUCGAAAUUGGUUUAUGCACAUUCGUCACCCAACAUAUCGACCAUGGAUGGUAGCAGCGUCAGCGAUUCGCGACGUAAUUCUCAGGAUGGUACGGUGGUGAGUGAGGAGGGAAGUUUAUAUGCCAGCGAAUUGUACAGAGAUAUGAAUGGAAGUGUGAUUGGACUGACGGCAGAGGCGAGGGACAAAUUCUAUCAAACGCAUAUGUCUUCGACGCCGGUAUUGCUGGAUGACGGAAAAUUGGAUUAUGAUAUCGCCGGAGAGGAGAAGCAAGUGGAUGGAUCAAAGUUAGAAUUAAAAUCCCAAGGGAUUAUCAUAACUAUCUUUUUUCUUAACGAUGAAUACGAAUUUCAAAAUUCACACAGGAAGGAAUAUUGGACGUGA